AUGAAUGGAGUGAACUUUGUUGUAACAGGAGACGAUAUUAAUACGGAUUCUGCAAUUAUUAUAAGUAAUCACAAAUCUCUAGUUGAUUUCAUAGCCAUGGCCUACUUGGCUAGGUACACAAAUGAUAUGCUGAAUAAUGAAGAAAACGAAAAAUCUUUCAAAAACCUCACUCUUCCCAGAAUCAACUUUUUUACUUGGUUCAAACUAUGGCGUAUUCCAUCAAUAAGAGUGCUAAUUAACCUAGCAAAAUGUGAUGAAAAUUGGGAAUUAGAGAGUUCUUUGAGCAAAAUCGUAUUUGGAAAGAUCCUGAAAAGCAAAGUUCCAGAAUGGAUCGUAUUGUUCCCUGAAGUAAAUAUUUGGACUGAAGAGGAUUCUUCCUUACAAAAAGCUCAGGGCGAAAAGUUUUACUUACCGACGUUGCAAAAUAUAUUAUAUCCCAGGUUCUCAGCAUUUUAUAAUGUGAUUUCAACUUUAAACAGCAAAGAGCAUUCUAAAUUUAAUCAGCUUUAUGAUGUAUCGGUUUUAUAUGAGUCGAAAAGUAUAGAAUCAAAAACACCUACAAAUAAAGCAUCUAAAGACGAAAGUAAUGCAGUAAGUUCAUCGGAAACCCCCCAGGACAAGGGUGUAAAUUUAGUAUCGCCAAAUCUAUUAGAAAUAUUCUCUUCAGAUAAUCCAAUAACGAUACAUAUACAUGUUAAAUCCAAGAGGUUACUGAGAGUUCCAACAAAGAGGAGCAAAAUAGAGAAAUGGCUAGAAAAUACUUGGGUUGAAAAAGAUAAGUUCUUAGACCAGUGGAAAACGGAUCUAUCAAAAGCAACUACAUUUUCUGUUAAUAAAGGUAGAACUCCUCAAAAUAGCCCGCCACAGAUUAAAACGGGUGUGUUCAGACUGGGUUCAAUAAAAAGCAGUAUAUAA